GAUGUCCUUGUUAUUCUUUUUCCCCCCACAGUGUGUCUAGUUUGUUUUUAGAAGUGUCACACGAAAAUGGCUGUUCAUCAGAGCAAACCUUCUUAAACACGCCAUGGCAAUGAGAGCUGUUACUGUUACUGAGACCCGAGAAUGAUCAAAAGUCUCUCAAAAGAAGUUCAAUCACAGUUGCGCUCUGGAGUUGCCAUUUACUCAUUGCAGCAAUGUGUAGAGGAGCUUCUACUGAACAGCAUCGAUGCUGGAGCCACAUGUGUGGCUGUGCAGAUCGACAUAGAGGCCUGCAAAAUUCAGGUCCUAGACAACGGCUCAGGCAUAGACCGAGACAACAUGGAGAAGGUCGGGAUCAGAUACUGCACGAGCAAAUGCAGCUCCAUUGAGGAUUUGGGUAAUCUUUGCUUUUAUGGGUUCAGAGGAGAAGCGAUCGCCAGCAUGGCCACCAUGGCAACCAUGGUGGAAAUCACCUCUCGGACCAAGACGUCGGUGAAAACGUUUGUUAAAAGGUUUCACAAAGGUAAAGCGUCUGAUGUUUUCGAGUCUCAGACUACGCGCCCAUCAGCCGGGACAACGGUGCUGAUUUGUAACUUCUUUCACAACAUGCCAGUCAGGAGAAAAAGGAUGGACUCUGUGCUGGAGGUUGAGCGUGUUCGUCAGAGAGUGGAGGCCGUAUCGCUGAUGCAUCCGUCGGUGUCAUUUACUGUAAAAAGAGAUUGUUCUGGUACACUUCUGGUACAGCUUCCAAAAGCUAGGAACACUUACUACAGAUUUGUUCAGAUCCAUGGACUGAAUAGAGCCCAGAAGCUUAGAGAGCUGAAUUACACGUUUGGACAGUUUGAAAUGAUUGGGCAUGUUGGCCGAGAGGGACACUACAACAACAGCCUGCAGUUCCUCUUCGUCAACGAACGACUUCUUCUGAAAACACGUCUUCACAAACUGCUCAACUGCCUUCUCAGGAGACUGAGUAAUGUCCAAAGCAACAAUCCAAAUGUUCCCACUGUUGUCUCAAGCCCUAAACAAAAAAGCAAUGCUGAUUCACAUGGAGUGUAUAUCAUUAAUAUCAAGUGUCCCUAUUCGGAGUAUGAUGUAUGCCUGGAGCCUGCAAAGACUCUUAUAGAAUUCAGAGACUGGGAUAGCGUGCUCAUGGGCGUCGAGGAGGGCAUAAAAGCGUUUCUUACAAAGGAGAACUUGGUAUCAGAGUGUUCUAUGAGUGACCUCCAAAACUUUAGGAACAAGGAAGGCAGUCCUGGAUGGAGCAUAAAUACUGAAGAUGCAGGAAGGUUACCAGUUGAUGAAAAAACAGACGUUGGGCAGUAUGAAGAGAUGCCUGAACCUGAACCAGAUUCUAAAACAGAUUCAGAUUCAGACCAUGAUGUGAACAAUGAUCCAAACACACAAUGCACUGCUAGGAAUGACAAUAUCUCACCACUCUGUGUAAGCAGCAAAAAUUCCAAGAUUGCUAUCAUUGACCAGAAAGUGGCACAUGACAGUUUGAAGCAUUUCUCUGAGCCAAGUCUGAGUCAUGCACCGAAGAGAAAGCUGACAUUACUCCAUGCUCAGAGUCAAAUUCUCAGCUGUGAGCCAAAGAUCUCCAGGGUCACUCCACGUCGCAAAUUAACACUGUCUUUUGAAACUGGAUCUCUUGACAAAUUCAAGAGGAUGUUUGGAAAGGAGGUUGAACUGAAAUCCCAAACAACGAACGCACAAAUCCCUAAAGUUGUAUAUCCGACAGACUCUUUGGACUGUUGUGCUUUGAUCGCAAGCAGCGAUUUAGUCAGUUCUGGAAGUAUACAUGUAGAAGAUGUUGGAGUAGAUCGCUUUUUGUCCAAGGACAAUUCUGCAUUUAAGAAGUCGCAGUGUUCCUCAUCAGUCAAGAGGAAUAGAAUAUCGUUAGCGACCAAGCUCUUUCGAAAAGUAGAAGGUGAAGAUAAAAAAAAUACGCUGCAAAUCGAUGACCCUGGAACACAAGAUCCUGACACUAGUCCCGAUUCUCUGUCAGUUCUAUCAAAUAAUGACGUUUUUUCAAAUCCCAGCGUUAUAGCUGAGAACUGCGUAAUGACUGUUCCUGAUGAGGAUGACCGUUCGGAUGAACCCACAUUCACUGCUCCCAAAGGACAAGAAAUGUCAACAAGCACCACCGCCUCCACCACCUCUGAAGACUCUGAGCUCACCAGAAAUACGACUUCCCCUAAACCCGAGAACCCCCAAGGUCAAAUAGUUGACCCUGCAUCACAACAUGACCUACUGCCCUCCAAAACAGGAAAUGAGGAACAGGCUGCAAAUGAAAGCCGGGGUCAGGAGAGUGAGGAGACGACGCCUGGAUCAAGCGACUGGCUGACACAUUACGAUGAUUCAUUAGGAAAGUUGGUGUGCAUCAAUCAAGUGACAGGACUCAGUAAAUAUAGGGAUCCAUCAGUGAAGGAGACUCGAGUCCCUUGCUCUGCAAACCUCACCAACAUGGCGGUCAGUGUUGUUUCAAAGACAGGAUUUGAAUACAGAUGCUACCCUUUUCAAACAGACCUUGUAUUGCCCUUUCUCCCCAAACCUAGAGCAGAGAGAGUCUGUAGCACAAUAGAAAAUGGAGGUCCCAGUUCCCUGUCCACUCUGUACUCUGAGUGGAAUAACCCCGUGUUUGUUCGACCACCUCAGGUUGCCGUGGACGUGACAAGCGGCCAAGCCGAAGGCUUUGCCGUUAAAAUCCACAACAUUCUCUUCCCCUAUCGCUUCACUAAAGAAAUGAUCCACUCAAUGAAGGUUAUUCAUCAAGUAGACAAGAAAUUUCUCGCCUGUGUUAUUAAUACUGAAGACCAAAAUGCAACAGAGUCUAGUAAAGAUGAAGGAAACCUUCUUGUACUGGUCGAUCAACACGCAGCUCAUGAAAGAGUUCGCUUGGAGGGGCUUGUAACAGAGUCUCAUGAGGACAACCCAGACACACCAGGUAAAAAGAGACUGUGUGGAUCGAGUGUAAGUCCUCCGCUGAAGAUCCACAUGACUGAGGAUGAGAUACGACUGCUGAGGCUCUAUCAGAAUUCCCUAAGAGACCUAGCUCUAGAAAUCAGCUUCCCUCAGACGGAGCAGCCGUGUGUCCUCGUGGAGCGACUCCCCACAUGUUUCAUAGAGAAAGAGAACUCAGAAAAGCGACGUGGGAGACGUAGCGUCAUCUUGUCCAUUGCAGAGGAAUACCUACGAGAGCUCAUUGAGGCACUGAGAUCAACAGGAAGAGUAAAAAGCACUUUGCCUUUAACAGUCCACAAUGUCCUUGCUUCGCAGGCUUGUCAUGGAGCAAUUAAGUUCAAUGAUGUUCUGAGUAAAGAGGAGUGCUGCAGUCUGGUGGCGUCGCUCUCAUCCUGUCAGCUGCCCUUCCAGUGUGCUCAUGGACGACCCUCCAUUGUUCCUCUAGCUGAUCUUCUCCACUUAGAGGAUGGACAGGACCGGCCCAAACCAAACCUCAGGAAAUUGCGAAGAAUGUACAAGGCAUGGCAACUUUAUGGAAAGAAUUAAUUUAAAAAAAAAAAAAAAAAAAAGACAUGAAAUGUAAUAGAGAAUACCACAUUCGU